CGACGCAUAACGGUCCUGCAGUGAAAGUGCUUCCUUCAUUGGUCCAAGUGACUGCUUCGACCAGGUGUCCUAUGUCCAUAGCCUGUCUACCAGGUCCAUGCUCGCACCAGCAGCGAUCUCAGAAGGGUCCGAACCGGGGUCGGUCGCAGCCCAUGGCCAUGUUUGAGCGGGAACCCGAUCCUCGCAGCGUGACGGUCACACAGAUCACCUCGGGAGCCGACGCAGAGGACGAGCGGGUGCUCUCGGCCGCCUUUGCAGAACUGGCCGCCGAGGCCUCGGAGAUCGAGCGCACCGCGAUCGCCUUGGACCGUGCAGAGGAGACGGAGCAGGCCUUGUCCGUGUACCGGCAAGCGGCGGAGCGGAUGGCGAAGGCCGCCGCUCUGUGCCCGGAAGGCAACCCGGACCGUGCCAUGUUGGCCAAGCAUGCCGGGGAGAUCUACGGCCGCGUCGUGUACCUCGAGAGCUUGGGUGAAGGCGCCCUCGCCACCGUGCCACCCGAGGCGCACAUUGGCAGUGACAGCUUGGUCUUGGGCCACGGUGUGGAAAGACAGGACGCCGAUGGCUUCCAGGUCCUGCGUGACCCACGGGGGCGAAGCGAGGGCUCCUCGCCCAACUGGCGGCAGAAGGCCGUCUCCGCCGCUGCAGUGAGUGGCGCUGCUGGGUUACUGGUGCUUCAUGCGCCUGUGUGUGCACUUGGCUUGGCGGCGGGCGCGGCCUACGCCACGACUCGCCAGGACAGCGCGGGGGAGGCCGCCAGAUCCAUGGGCUGCAUGGGGAUUCAGGCGGCGGAGCACGUGAAGCAGGUGGCGCAUCAGCACCGCGUGGCCGACCGCGCCUCCGAGGCCUUGAGCGGCGUCCGCUCCCUGGACGAGCGCUGGCGGGUGUCCGAACGGACCCAGGCCUUCGCGAGCAGCAGCGUGAGCACCUUGAGAGAUCUCGACCAGCGUCACCAGGUCACCAGCAGCGUGGCUUCGGGCGCGCGACGGGCCUCGGCGAAGUUGGUGGAAGCGGUGACCCCGGCGGUUGGCUGGGUGGGAAGUCGCCUCAGCCGACGAUGAGGCUGCGGCCGGGUCCCUGUGACCAUUGGAUGAACGAUGGCGAAAGCAUCCUGUGCGAAGAACGGCGUCCA